AUGAUUAAUCAUCACACAUCUUUUGAGAGCUAGAUGGGAAAGCUCUAAGACUUGAAUCAUAAGAUUUAAGAUAUAGUUAAGCAACCUUUCACUGAAAGAAGAAUGUAAGAAAACAUAGAAACAGAUGAAAAAAUAGAGUUACAGAUAGCUUUAAAGUAAAUUUUAGAGUAUGAGCAUAUGCUGUUAAAUUGCUCUUAAAAUUUUGAAAUGAUAAAUGAAGCAUUUAAAGAAGAAUUUGAAAAGAUGGAUGCUUAGGUAGAAGAGUUAAUACAAGAAAAAGAAAGAGAAUUAUAAUCUUAUGCAACAAGAUGUGAAUAACUUUAGGAAGCUAAUAAUGAGCUAUCUUAGAAAAAUUUUUCAAUAGUUAGUAAUUUAGAGCAGCUUGAAGAAGAAUUAAAUAGAUAAAAAGAAUAGCAAAGAAAAUUAGAGCUUCAGAUAUGUUAACUUAAUGAAUCACAUAAUGAAAAUACUGUUUAAAUAAGAGAAAGAUAAGCUACAGUAUAAUAGUUGUAAGAAGAAAAUUAGCAAUAAACUUAGCAACAGUAGAGGAUUUUAUAUAAAUAAAAAACGGAAAUUAUCGAUCUCCAAGAAAAAUAUGAAGAUUUGUUAAGAUAAAUGGAAGAUAAUUCAAAAUAAUAUGCAGAUUCCUUAAAAGAAAUAGAUAAUUUAAAAAAUAAAAAUUCCCAGCUGAAAGAAAUGAACUAGCAUCUAAAAGAUGAAAUCAUUAAAAUUUUAGAAGAGAAAGAACUUCUAUUUAGCAGUGAUAACCUAGAUAAGGAUUAAAAUGCUUAUAAUAGCAUGCAAAAUGGAGAAGAGGGAAACGAAGUUUAGACUUUAAGUCUUCCUAAAACAGCUUAAAAGGAAUAAAAUUAAAAUGGAUCUAUUUUAGACAGUUUUAAAAAUUAAUUCUCUACAAUUUAUGGAGACUUAAUGAGUGAUUAUAACAAAGAAAAGCAUCCAAAGUCAAGCAGACUCCAACAUAUUCAUAUAACUAAUUAGGCCAAUCAUGAAGUCAGUAAAUUUUAAUCAGCAGAGAGUAACAGAAGUCAUAUUUUCAAUAUUGGCAAUUAAUUAUCACAAAUUAAAAAGGAAGAAUCGUUUUUUGAAGGAUUUAAUCCUAAUACUCAACGCUCUACUGAUAGUUAAAUGAGCUUUAAUAUUGUUUAAAACUUUUUAAGAGAUAAUAAUGCAAAUUUAGAAAAUAAUAAUGAAUAAGAAAUAUAUGAAAAAGUUAAUCUAUCAUAAAAAAACUCUAAAUCAUCAUAGCUCUCAAUCCGUUCUUCUUUUGAAAGUCCUAGGAUCUAAUAAAUAAUUGUUCCUUAGUAAAGUUAAAAUAAAUCUCAAUCAAGUAUUCCGUCAUAAUAAGAAUAUUUGGAUAAUAAUCUUAAAAGCAGAAACUUAAAUGACCAGGAUAAUUAAGAAUAAGAUUAAAUUUAUUAAAAUGAAAUUAAGCUAGAUAAGUAUUCAGCCAAACUACAUAAAGGUCACUAAAGAUACUUGUCUGCAAUACCAACAAGUAAAUCUAACUCAUUCAAUGAAAGUGAAGAUGAGACCGGAAAUGUUGAAAAAAUAAAAAACCAUUCUAUUUUAAAUAGUAAUAUAGUUGAGAAUCAAGAAACCUAAAUAAAAAAGCUUGAUGCAGAAACAUAAACAAAAAUUAAUUAGGGAAAUAAUAAAAUAAAUAUGUAAAUAUAAACUGAUAAUGUUCAAGUGGAUAACUCAGAAACUUAAACAUCAAUAAUUUACUCAUAAAAUAAAGAUGUUUAAACAGAAAAAGAAGCAAAUGAAGAAUUAAAAAAUGAAAAAAACUCAUCUCAAGAUAAAUCUAAUUAAAAUUAGCAAUAAAACAAAAACAAAACAAACAACGAAUCAGAAAAUAAUUGUUAAAAAUGUGUGUAUGCUCAGGACCCAUAUUAUGUUUUUUACAUAUUGAUUUGCUAGACUGCAAAAAUGAAUUCUAAAUAUAAAGAUGAUGUUAUUGACUUUGAUAUUAAAUAAUUUUAUUAAGAAAUUAAGGAAAUAAUACCAAUUAAUCAGGUAUAUCAUCUAUCUACUUAUUUUAUAUUACAUAUCCAUCAAGUAUUUUUUUAUUUAUUAAAUGAAAUAGUGGUAUUAAUGGGCUAGUAAUAAGUUAAUAGAAUUGAGAAAUUAGUUUAUGAAAAGAUGAUUAAAGACUAUCUAAAGAAUAAUUUAUCUCUUCAAGAUAUUCAUUCUUUAAUUUUGUUGAUAGUGAUAAAAAUUGUUUGA